AUGCCAAAGUCAAAUGAUGGAAGCGAUACCAACGACUCGGUCAAGUCCCUUCCCACAUUCGAGGGUCUCUACGGCAGACAAAGCAUCACCCUCCUUCGACCUUUUUCACGGUUCUCGAUUUCAUCAUUAUUCAGAUCAUCGCCCGCCCCGUCUAAUCUACCUGCUACGACACUUCUAGAUCCACUCAUCCUUAUCUCUUUUACUGUGCCUUCAGAUCCCCUUCCUGCUCUGGACCAUAUCACCAAAUCGUUAGAGGGAUUGAAAGACUUUGCCACCCAGCUCAAGGAGACUAUCCAUUCUCAAAAUCUCGACAUUGAACAUGGGACUGUCGGAGAGAGGAUAGAAAAACUACUGCAAGCUUAUCUGGCUGGGAUAUAUGUACUUUCUAGAUUACUAUGGGACAACAUCUCAGAUUGCGAUGCUCAAAAGAAUGAAGAUCACAAAGCAGCCUUGAAGCAAUGCAUCCAAGGAUUCUUCCUCCUCUUUCCUCAAGUCCAGACAGGUGACGAUAUCCACAAGCAUAUCUUAGGAUCUAUAUUCCCAUCCACUCAAACCAGAUACUAUCAACUCUCACCUCUUCUUCAACACCCUCGUCAACUCAUCUCAUCCCUCCAAUCCCAACCUACUCGACCCAUUGCCCAUUCCAAGUUAAAAGACCCCAUCCAAUCCCCCGUUAGAUCUUCGUUCCUCGACCAUGUCCCCGAGUCAGAGGUUUUAUAUGCCAUAUCACUCCUCGAUACUUUCCUCGAAGGUAUGCAGGGGGUAGAAUGUCUACCGGGACCCAUGGUGGCUAAGACAAAAAGGCAGAAAGAGGAUGAUAAGAGGAGGCCAUUGAGGGUAGAGAUGGAAGCGAGGGUGAUGAAGUGCGAUUUGUUGAUGAGUAUGACGACCAAGAGGAUUGGGGAGGUGAAGAGUAGAGCUAUGAGGAAGAUACGAUCCGAUGUCGAACAGGAAGGGGAAGGAGCUGAACAUAAUGAGGGUGAUGAUGGAGGUCAACAGGUCAAGGAUAUUAAGCCUACAUUCAGCUCAGAGGAUGACCCAGAAAAUCCUCAUGGUACUACUGGCUCUUCAGAUGACACAAGAUGGGAAGAUCUGUCGGAAGAAUGUUUAGUGGAAUGUCUGGACAUGGCCAAAAAGCUAAUCGAAGGAGGACGAGCCGAAGUCCUCUCCAACCACAUUGAAGCUGUCGAUUGGUUAGGCCAAGAUGGAAUCAUCCAACCAGACAAACAAGAAGCAACUAGGAGAUCCAAAUCACCGUCUCGCGAUGUUACUGGCGGAAGCGAUUCGGAGGAUGAAGAUGAGUCAGACCUGGGGAGCGAAAGUGAGAUAUCUGAAGAAUCCGCCUUCGGAACAACGCAUCCUUGUCCUCUUAGAAGUAUAUUCAGACUACAUGAUCGGUACGAAGAGCAACGAUUGGCCGUGUGGCUCCACCUCCCAUCGGCCAAGAGAGGUAAGAUGGGACGGUUCAUGCGUGGUCUGGAGGGGAGGGUGGGAAGUAGCUGGGAUAAUUUUGGAUUGGCGGCGAUGGUUGAGUAUGAUAGCGAGACCCUUAUGAGCUACGGACUGGGCUCAGACAAACUUGAUAAAUGGGUUGAGUUGGCUUCGAUGAGAAAUGCGAAGAAGAUCAAAAGAAAGGGGAGAAAGACUGUAUAG